UAUUAAUUUGUCAUUACAAAAUCAAUUUGAUACUUCUAAAAUCGUACUAUUUAUUGUUUCGUUUUUGCAAAGAACAUUCGUGUCAUCGGCAAACAGAACCGUUCUUCCGUUUUUAAUAGACGAUGGCAUAUUGUUUACGUAUAACAGAAAGGGAAUAGGACUUAAGAUCGAGCCUUGCGGGAUCCAAUAUACAAUUGGUAACGAAUUGGAAAGAGAAGAAAAUAAAGUCCUUUCGUGUCAGUACAGUAUUUCUACUGUUUGAGAUCCAUGUUUAAGGUACGAGGUUAUCCAAUCUAGAGCAAUUCCACGAAUUCCAUAAGAAGAUAAUUUUGAUAGCAAAAUGUUAUGGUCAAUAUCGUCAAAAUCUUUCGAAAGAACUAAAAAUAUUCCAAUGAGUGCUUCAUUUUGGUUCAUUGAUGAAGGAACAUCUUUAACAAAAGAAAAAAUGACAUUUUCCGUAGAUUUUGAUUUUCUUAACCUGUGUUGUGAGACUGAAAACGCUUCGUUUUUCCUGAUAAAAGUUUCCAUUCGCGUAUAGAAAAGUCUCUAAUAUUUUUGAGAAAGUUGACAAAAGAGAAAUUGGUCGGUCAUUUUGAAUUUCAUUUUUUGUUCCCUUUUUUAAAAAGUCGCCUAAUUUGUUCUGUUUUGAAAGGAAGACUAAGAUGACUGGUGUCCUCCCUGAUUGGUGAAGUAUGAACGAUACCAUAUUUAAAGAUGCAAGAGAAGAACUAAAACAGACAGAAUCAGACAGAAUAUAGCAAAGAAUUUUAAUUACAUAUUUAUGCACUUUCGGGCGCACUUCAUUAUUCAUAUUGUACUCUUUGCUAUCAAGCGAAUCUUCUGUGGAAAUAAUUGUGUUUUGUGCGCGUUUGUGAGUUCGGAACAGAUUCGGAAUGUGUGAGCAAUAAUAAUCAUGGAAAACAUACAAAUCUUGGCUGAAAAUAUAAUUCAAAUAGAUGAAGUUAAAGAAGAACCUCUGGAUCACAUAGGAGAGAGCACAUUGAUUUCUAUUGUAAAACAGGAGCCUGAUGAUCAUGCAGUAGACCAUGUUGUGAAUUUACCAGGAGGAGGAGAGCUGUGUUCCUUGAAGAGGGAAGUGAAGCAGGAAGAUGAGGAGGAAGUGAAGCCACCUGUCGGGAUAUUUUUAAGUGCCCUUGAAGAGUCCAACGAUGAACUUGAGCAGCUACAAGAGGUGCAGGCUGAUGUGCUGACGAGGGUACCAUACAUAGCUGGGGAAGUACCCAAUCAAUUUGAUUCUGCACACUGCAGGAUGUUUGCAUUAUUGUCUACUGAACGUGCCUCUGGUAUAAUUGAUGCAGCAAUCGAUGCUACUAGCAGCAGCAGUAUAGCUAAUAACCAUAUUACUGCCGCAGUUACUACUGAAAAUAACAUUAGUAACAAUAGUGGGAAUGUGAUGUCUGUUCCUGCUGUUAUUAGUAUCAUGGAGCUUGUUUCAGUCAAUAUUCCAACUGCAUCACCAGAGCAAGAAUAUGUAAUAGAAAAUCCUGCCAAUAUAAUGACCCCUAGGACAAAUGAGAGACGACAAAAAACAUCAGGAUGUGAGAGAUUGAAAAAACUUGUUGAAGAUAUCAAAAAGCAGGAAGAAAUGCAUAAAUUAAUGAUGCAGAAGGAAAAAAAACUUCAUGAUCUCAGAAAAAAGUAUUUAGAAAAACAGUUAAGGAAUGAAGAAUUAAAAGAAAAAAUAUUGUUGAAGGAAUUGGAAAAUUCUAAAAAAUAAAAGAUUAUGCCUCCUCGUUUAUGUUUUUAUUUGACCCUUUGGCAUCAUGCAGUGAACAUUUUCAUGGAGCUGGUGCCGAGGCAGAUGGUGUUGAAGGGAAAGCGAUCUGGGAGGAACGGAGCCAUUUGCCGAGAGGUGCUCUCAGAAGACGUAGCGCAACGAGCGGAGCGCGGGCUCAGUCGGUUAAACGACGGAAAUUUGAAAAUCAAUUGGGAUUUGCGCACCCAAAUGUGACAAACAAAACCCGAGAAGGAAACGUGAAUGAAGCUGCAGACGAAAGAGAAUCCCCACCAAAAAAUUGUGGCAUCGAUGAUUCAAGUGAAGCAGUUGAACAUCACGCGUCGAACACUCAGCAGGGGAUGAGAAGUGCUCUAGACGAAGCUCUACCACAAGAGCCUCCUGAAACGUCAUCUCGGACCCGAGCUCCGAUUCUUACACCGACAGCCAUCGACACAAAAUCUGCUAAAAGGAAAAAGAAAGAAACUGUUGCUGACUUACUCAAAAGACGCAUACAGCAACAUGAAGAACGGGGACAAUCGAGAUCGGAAGAAAGAAGAAGGAUUUUCGAACAAAUGAGAGUUCCGAGCGAUUCUCUGUACCACUUCUUCUUGUCUAUGUACGGGGUGACAAAAAACAUGCCACUGUCGUCGCAGAUGGCCGUCAGAAAGGAUGUUUCCCGCGUCGUUUCAGCUGUGAGGGCCGCGUUGCUGAACAUUCCAGCAGAAGAUGAGCGAGGCUCAUUCCACGACCGAUCAUUCAGUGAAGAUAGUGCCACUACGGGCACCUUCAGCAACUCGGAGAAGCGUGUGGGAAACACGGAUGAAGAUGGUAAUAGCGUCUGCAACGAGGCCAAUGAUGUAACUUAUAAGGAAGCUGGAGUGAAAUCUCAGGAGAGGAAAGUGUGUAAUAGUUCACAUCUCGUUAAUCCUAAAUUCUCCCAGCAUAAAGAUGAAGUCAUUGGCGGUGUUAAGAGUUCUUCAGAAAGUGGAUGUGGAGUUAGGAGUAUGCAGAAAUGCGAAAUUUGCCUUGAGUGUUCCCUGUGCCAAAAACACUUCAAGUCCAGAUCGAAUUUGCUUCGACACAUGCGCAUACACAACGGCGAGCGCCCUUAUCAGUGUUCUGUUUGUAUGAGGAGCUUCACGCAGAGCGGGCAUUUGGUGGAGCACAUGCGGGUGCACAACGGUGAACGUCCUUACGAAUGCUCUGUGUGCCAGAGGAGCUUUCCGCGGAAAAGUUCUUUAGUUCAGCACACGCUGAUUCACGAACGGCCAGAGAUGCAUGCUCGUCAUGUGUGUUCCAUCUGCCAUAAGAGCUUCAAGUAUAAAGUUUUAGCUAAACACAUGAGGAUCCACAGUAGCGAAAAUCUUCAUGUCUGCUCCAUCUGCCAAAAGAGAUUCGAGUUUAAAAGUAGUUUAGUUAAGCACAUGCGGAUUCACAGUGGCGAACGCCCUUACGAAUGCUCUGUCUGCGAGAAGAGCUUCAAACAGAGUGGACAUGUAGUUGUGCACAUGCGGAUCCACAACGAUGAACGUCCUUAUAAAUGCACGGUCUGCCAGAAGAGCUUCUCGCAGAAAAGUUCCUUAGAUGGGCACAUGCCGAUCCACAGUGGUGAACGUCAUGACUGUUCCAUUUGCCCAAAGAAAUUCAAGUUUAAAAGUAGUCUAGUUAAGCACAUGCGAAUUCACAGUGGUGAUCAAAGUCAGGCCUGCCCCAUCUGCCAAAAGAGCUUUAUGUCUAAAAGUUGUUUAGUGAAGCACAUGCGGAUUCACAACAGCGACCGCCCUUAUGAAUGCUCUAUCUGCAAUAAAGGCUUCAAAAAGAGGAGUAUUUUAGUUGAACACAUGCGGAUCCACAAUGACGAACGCUCCCACGAAUGCUGUGUCUGCCAGACGAGCUUCAAACACGGACGACAAUUAGUUGAGCACAUGCAAAUCCACAGAAGUGAAAGCUCUUAUGAAUGCUCGGUCUGCCAAAAGAGAUUUGCAAAGAGAAGUCUUUUGACCCAACAUGAGCAGAUUCACAGCAGUAAACGCCUGCACGAGUGUUCGGUCUGUCAAAAGAGAUUCACGUCGAAACAUGUUUUAGUUAGGCACAUGCGGAUCCAUAGUGGUGAACGCCCUUACGAAUGUUCAGUCUGCAAGAGGAGCUUCAAACAGAGAAGUCAUUUAACGUCGCACAUGCUGACACAUAACGGCGAUCGCGGUUAUAAGUGCUCCCUUUGCCAAAAACGUUUUUCGUUGAGAUCGGGUUUGGUUAGCCACAUGCAGAUUCACAGUGGCGAACGCCCUUUUGAAUGCAUGGUUUGCCAAAAGAGAUUCACUUUCAAAAAUGUUUUAGUUAGACACAUGCGAACCCACAGCGGUGGACGACCUUAAGAUCGCUUUAUCAAAAUCAGAGGUUCGCCCAAAUGAAACUAGGACCGUGAUCGUGGUAGUGUUGAAUCAACUCCCCGUUAGUGUACAUGGUAGCCGAUAGAGAGCGUGCUGUUUUUUCCUCGGAGAAAGCGUCGCAAAAAUUGCUCCAGUUAGGUCGCAUUGUUUCCGCAGUUCGUUUCGUAACGGAUGCCUCGAGAGUAGUGCUUCAAUUUCUUCGCGAAGGGCAGUAUGCGUUACAAAUGUAUCGAAGACUACACGAGGUGCAUGGUGACGUGUCUCGCGCGGUGUUCCGUGUUCCUGUGAUGUCAGCGUCAAGGACUUGCCACGCCUGCAAGUGGUGACCAACAGUGCGUAGAUUGCGUCUGUGGAUAAGCUCUCACGGCAAAAUCGUCGUAUCACACACCACGUGAAACUGCCGAUAAGCAAAGAGACGGUGCAUCACACCAUCCACACAAAGUUGGCCUGUGUCCAAGAACACCCUUGCGAAGUUUCGCUAGGAGGUCCUGCAACAUCCUCCGUGCAGCUUGGAUACGUCCUUAUGCGACUCCCAUAUGUUCGGCCCCUUUAUUUUUUUUUGGAAGGUCAGAGAUUUCUCUUCAACGAUGACGUGAAAGCCACCCUGGAACAACCAGGAGUUGUUUCGGAAGCCAUCCACACACUUCCUACGCGCUGGGAUAAGUGUAUCAAUGUCGAUAGUUGUUAUUUAUAGGUGUACUGUUCAAAAUGAAAUGUAAUUCGCAUGUUGGCAUUAAAGUUUCUUUCCAUAUCA